AUGAGCUACAGAGACAAUCUGCAGCCGCACCCGUCGCUGCCUGCGCGCCCGCCGCCGUCGACAUAUUCUGCGCCACCGUCGAGGAACAACACGGCCGGGCGCAACACGGCUGCAUAUGCUGGCUUUGUUGCCCAGGCUCCUCCUUCGCAGGCGUCCACGCCUUCGCCCAUGUACUCUCAGCCGACUGUGAGCGCCCCUUAUCAAGCUCCAGCUUACACGUCCAAUAAUACUUACUACAAUCCCUAUCAAGCCUAUGGCGCGCAAGCACCAGCGGCAGCGUACGCUGCUCCGCCAGCAGUGAGCCAGUAUCAGAGCAACUACGACCCAGAACAAGAGGCGCGCAUGGCCGAAUGGAACAGCGCAUACACACGGGACGAUAAUGCCAAGAAGCCUGCCAGUACUACGGCUGCUGCGCGCGUCGAGGCGAGCUCGGCACCAGACGGUGAAGCUGGCUCAGGUGGCACCGGCAAGCAGAAGACGGUCAUCCGAGAAGGCGGUGGAAAGACUUGGGAAGACCAGUCGCUCCUCGAAUGGGACCCCCUACACCCGCGUCUCUUCAUCGGCAAUUUGGCCGGCGAGGUCACCGACGAUUCGCUUCUCAAGGCCUUUUCGAAGUACCCAUCUGUGUCUAAGGCGCAUGUAGUUCGAGACAAGCGCACCACGAAGAGCAAGAGUUACGGUUUCGUAAGCUUCUCAAAUACCGACGAUUACUUUCGUGCUGCCAAAGAAAUGCAGGGCAAGUACAUUGGCAGUCACCCUGUUCUGAUCAAACGCGCUACCUCCGAAGUCAAGGCCACCACCAAGCGCGACGACAAACAUGGGAAGCAUGGGAAGAAUCGCAACAAUAACAACAACAAGAAGCAACAGCAAAACGAGCCUAAGCCGACCUUCACUGGUCAGCUCAUGAGUGCUGGCAUACAGAAGAAGGGCAAGAACAACGGGCCCAGGAUGCUUGGCUGA